AUGGCGACCAACCCGGCAGCCAACCCCGCGCCGCUUCCGCUGACGUCAGCGCCGACACGUGGAUCCAAGAUGGCGGCGUCGGCGGUGCGGGAAAGGCUGAGGUGUUCACUGCUGCUGCUGCUGUUGCUGCAUGGCACAGACUCCUUCUAUGUGCCUGGGGUGGCUCCUAUCAACUUCCACCGCAACGACCCUGUAGAAAUAAAGGCUGUGAAGCUCACCAGCUCAAGAACCCAGCUGCCCUAUGAGUACUACUCCUUGCCUUUCUGCCAGCCCACCAAGAUAACCUACAAGGCUGAGAAUCUGGGUGAGGUUCUUCGGGGGGACAGAAUUGUAAACACACCUUUCCAGGUUUCCAUGAACGUGGAGAAGAAAUGUGAAGUUCUCUGCAACUUGCCCAACCAGGCAGUCACCCUGACCAUGGAGCAGAGCAAGCUGAUAGCUGAGCGCAUCAGGGAGGAUUACUAUGUCCAUCUCAUUGCUGAUAACCUCCCUGUGGCCACACGGCUGGAGUUUUAUUCCAAUCGUGAGGAGGAGGAGAAGAAGAAGGAGAAGGAUGUGCAGUUCGAGCAUGGAUACAGGCUUGGGUUUAUGGAUGGGAACAAGUUCUACCUGCACAACCACCUCUCCUUCAUCCUUUACUACCACAGAGAGGAUGUGGAGGACAACCAGGAGCCCACCUACAGGGUUGUGCGCUUUGAAGUCAUUCCCCAGAGUAUUAAACUUGAAGACCUGAAGACUGAUGAGAAGAGUCUGUGCACUCUGCCUGAAGCUACAGCCUCUGCCCCCCAGGAGAUCGACCCUUCCAAAGAGAACCAGCUGCUCUUCACCUACUCUGUCCACUGGGAGGAAAGUGACAUUAAGUGGGCUUCCCGCUGGGACACCUACCUGACCAUGAGUGACGUGCAGAUCCACUGGUUUUCCAUCAUCAACUCAGUUGUGGUUGUCUUUUUCCUUUCAGGGAUUCUCAGCAUGAUCAUCAUCCGGACCCUCCGGAAGGACAUUGCCAACUACAACAAGGAAGAUGACAUUGAAGAUACUAUGGAAGAAUCUGGCUGGAAACUGGUGCAUGGAGAUGUCUUCAGGCCUCCACAGUACCCCAUGAUCCUCAGCUCUCUCCUGGGAUCAGGAAUUCAGCUCUUCUGUAUGAUCCUGAUUGUCAUCUUCGUUGCGAUGCUGGGGAUGCUCUCACCUUCCAGCCGCGGGGCCUUGAUGACCACUGCCUGCUUCCUCUUCAUGUUCAUGGGGGUUUUUGGUGGAUUCUUUGCUGGCCGCCUGUACCGGACUCUGAAAGGACAUCGAUGGAAGAAGGGAGCCUUCUGUACAGCAACCCUGUACCCCGGGGUGGUCUUCGGUCUCUGCUUUGUGCUGAACUGCUUCAUCUGGGGCAAACACUCCUCUGGAGCGGUGCCUUUCCCUACCAUGGUGGCCUUGCUCUGCAUGUGGUUUGGGAUCUCCUUGCCCUUGGUCUACCUGGGUUACUACUUUGGGUUUCGGAAGCAGCCCUAUGACAAUCCUGUCCGGACCAACCAGAUCCCCAGGCAGAUCCCAGAGCAGAGGUGGUACAUGAAUAAAUUUGUUGGGAUCCUCAUGGCUGGCAUCCUGCCCUUUGGAGCCAUGUUCAUCGAGCUGUUCUUCAUCUUCAGUGCAAUCUGGGAGAACCAGUUCUAUUACCUCUUUGGCUUUCUCUUCCUGGUGUUCAUCAUCCUGGUGGUGUCCUGCUCCCAGAUCAGCAUUGUCAUGGUGUACUUCCAGCUGUGUGCUGAGGAUUACCGCUGGUGGUGGAGAACCUUCCUGGUGUCUGGGGGAUCUGCCUUCUACGUCCUGAUCUACGCCAUCUUCUACUUUGUGAACAAGCUGGAUAUUGUGGAGUUCAUCCCAUCCCUGCUGUACUUUGGCUACACUGCCCUCAUGGUCCUGUCCUUCUGGCUCCUCACGGGCACCAUUGGGUUCUAUGCUGCCUACAUGUUCGUCCGCAAGAUCUACGCUGCUGUGAAGAUCGACUGAAGGGCAGAGAGCCAGGAGAGAGCAGAGACCUCUGAGCACCUCUCCUGCUGGGAGCAAUGGGGACAUCAGCUCCCAGCUCUUUCAAGGAAACAAAAUCCAGUGGGAGAGCAACAAGAGAAAUAAAUAACUCCUCGGUUUUGGAAUGUAAACUUUGGCACAGUGUACAUGGACUCUGGGCUGCUUCUGGGGGGCAAAGGGGUCUGUAGAUACCUUAUAUUUUAACUUUAUUAUCCUGUUCCAUAUUUGAGGGAGGGUUUUUGUAGCAGAGAAAUACCCCUCUGUAUAUGUAAACCCCCUUUUUGCUAAUUCAUCUUUUUUUUUUUCGCGUUGAUGACGGAUGGAUUUGAGACAGCAGUGGGAACACUUAGGAAAACGUUUUCUUCCAGCCCUCUGGGGUGCUCUAGGAUUCAGGGAGACUCUUCAGACAAAUCUCAGACUGGGUUUCUGUCCUGCCUUCGUGUCUGCAACAGGAGAGGGAGCUGGACUCUGGCAGAUGAAAGGAUCCCCGAGGCUUUCCCCCAGCACUGCAGUCCUGGCUUCAGCUCCUGGCUUCAGCUCGUUUACAAUUGGAUGGAGGUGCCAUGUGGAGCCUGGGAAGUGCAAUUUCACCCUGGGAGAGCCCGGGAACUGCAGCCCUCAGCAGGGCUUCCCCCCCUGGAAGGGCUGCAGGAGGAGGGGGAGUUUCCCACGGGACGUGACUGCGGCGGUGCUGGAAUCUGGGACUGGAAAGGAUGCACCAGGGAAUCCAAGGGUUUGGAUUGGAAUCCAGGUCCUUCCUGGGAGCACCGUGGAGCCCUGUGGAGGGGAGGCUGCCACGUGCUGUUCAGUGCCAAGGGAGCUGGUGCAGGGCUGGGCUGUGCCAGCCAUGUGCAAGGGGCUGGGGACAGGGACAGCAGCCCCAAGGAUUGCUCCAGCUGCCCUCCUCUCCACCUCUGAGAUUCUCUACCUCCAGGGCACAGGAAAAGCUUUCACCCCCCCCUCUGCUUUGUUCUUCUCCCCAGAAUGGUCUGAGCCCUGCAGGGCAGUGGGGUGAGCUCCUCUCCAGCUCCCCUGUUUCUGGGGCUCGAUGCCUGAGUCAGCCCAGGAAGCUCUUUAUAAAAGAGGUUAAAAGUUUUUUGUUUUGGUCACUUCUGAUGUUAUUGACCUGUAAAAAGGUUCCAUGUUACAGUGAAGGUUUCCUUUGGCCACAGACUUGCUGGGUUCAGUCAGAGCUUGGGGUAUUUUUUUGUGAGAUCUCUGGAAAUCUUGUUUUGCCUCUUGCUGUAGUGAGCAGCGAGGUCUCCAAAGGAGCAGCUGCCACAGGUGACACUUCCAACCCAGAACUGUCCAAAGCCCUCCCUGUCACCAGCACUGACAGGCACCCUGGAGGGGCUUGGGGCUUGUUUUAACCCCAUUUGCCAUAAGAGUUUCCACCAGGUCCAGGCCUGUGUCUUACUGCCAUCCCCACUCCCUGCUGGAUUUGCCUCCCAGGCACUGGGACUCAGCCAGGAGUCUCCAGAUGCCCAAAUCUGAUCAGCCAGGAACUGAGGAUGGAGACAGGGAGCAGGGGAUGUGUGACCCAACUGUUCUGUGGAGUCCUGUGUCAGUUCUGAUUGGAGAUCCCUCUCUCAGAUUAUGGUUGAUUUUUGGUUUUUUAUUCUUUCUCUUUUCUCUCACCCCGGCCUCAGUGGGGAGGCUCAGCCAGCGUUGAUUUCUCUUCCUUCCCCCAAGUGUUUUCUCUGUAAUUCUUUGUAAUUUUUAAUUAAUGUAUGUAUUCUUUGUGUCCUACUGUAAAUAAAUCUGCCAUUGUCCUCUU